AUGGAAUCCACAAAGCCACUGAACAGUAGGACUGACAAUUCCUACCACACAGCCCAGGCCCAGCAGACUCCUGCCUCCUCCUACCACACAGCCCAGGCCCAGCAGACUCCUGCCUCCUCCUACCUCACAGCCCAGGCCCAGCAGACUCCUGCCUCCUCCUACCUCACAGCCCAGGCCCAGCAGACUCCUGCCUCCUCCUACCUCACAGCCCAGGCCCAGCAGACUCCUGCCUCCUCCUACCUCACAGCCCAGGCCCAGCAGACUCCUGCCUCACAGCCCAGGCCCAGCAGACUCCUGCCUCCUCCUACCUCACAGCCCAGGCCCAGCAGACUCCUGCCUCCUCCUACCUCACAGCCCAGGCCCAGCAGACUCCUGCCUCCUAAUACCUCACAGGCCAGUCUCAGCUGGCUCUCUGAGGAGACAGGAGGGGCAGCUGGGCCUGUCCUGUCUGACAGGCCCCCUCACAGCCCCCUCCAGCCACCUCACAGCCCCCUCCAGCCCCCUCACAGCCCCUCCAGCCCCCUCCAGCCCCCUCACAGCCCCCCACAGCCCCCUCCAGCCCCCUCACAGCCCCCUCACAGCCCCUCACAGCCCCCUCACAGCCCCUCACAGCCCCUCACAGCCCCCUCCAGCCCCUCACAGCCCCCUCACAGCCCCUCACAGCCCCCUCACAACCCCCUCCAGCCCCUUCCAGCCCCCUCACAGCCCCUCCAGCCCCCUGACAGCCCACUCCAGCCCCCUCACAGCCCCCUCCAGCCCCCUGACAGCCCACUCCAGCCCCCUCACAGCCCCCUCCAGCCCCCUCACAGCCCACUCCAGCCCCCUCACAGCCCCCUCACAGCCCACUCCAGCCCCCUCACAGCCCCCUCACAGCCCCCUCCAGCCCCCUCACAGCCCCUUCCAGCCCCCUCACAGCCCCCUCACAGCCCACUCCAGCCCCCUCACAGCCCCUUCCAGCCCCCUCACAGCCCCUUCCAGCCCCCUCACAGCCCCUUCCAGCCCCUCACAACCCCCUCCAGCCCCUUCCAGCCCCCUCACAACCCCUCCAGCCCCCUCCAGCAGCCCCUCCAACCACCUUCCAGCCCCCUCACAGCCCCCUCACACCCCCUCCAGCCACCUCAUAGCCCCUUCCAGCACCCUCACAACCACCUCAUAGCCCCUCACAGCCCCCUCACAGCCCCCUCCAGCCACCUCAUAGCCCCUUCCAGCACCCUCACAACCCCUUCCAGCCCCCUGACACCCACUCCAGCCCCCUUCCAGCCCCCUCACAGCCCCCUCACAGCCCCCUCCAGCCACCUCCAGCCCCUUCCAGCCCCCCACAACCCCCUCCAGCCCCCUGACAGCCCCUCCAGCCCCCUCACAGCCCACUCCAGCCCCCUCACAGCCCCCUCCAGCCCCCUGACAGCCCCUCAGCCCCCACACAGCCCCCUCACAGCCCCCUCCAGCCACCUCACAGCCCCUUCCAGCCCCCUCCAGCCCCCUGACAGCCCCCUCCAGCCCCUUCACAGCCCCCUCACAGCCCCCUUCCAGCCCCCUCACAACCCCCUCCAGCCCCCUGACAGCCCACUCCAGCCACUCACAGCCCCUCACAGCCCCCUCACAGCCCCCUCCAGCCCCCUGACACCCCUUCCAGCCCCCUCACAGCCCCCUCCAGCCACCUCACAGCCCCCUUCCAGCCCCCUCACAACCCCCUCCAGCCCCCUGACAGCCCCUCCAGCCCCCUCACAGCCCCCUCACAGCCCCCCCUCCAGCCCCCUGACAGCCCCUCCAGCCCCUUCCAGCCCCCUCCAGCCCCUCACAGCCCCCUCCAGCCACCUCAUAGCCCCUUCCAGCCCCUCACAACCCCUCCAGCCCCCUGACAGCCCACUCCAGCCCCCUCACAGCCCCCUCACAGCCCACUCCAGCCCUCACAGCCCCCACAUACCCCUUCCAGCCCCCUCACAGCCCACUCCAGCCCCCUCACAACCCCUCCAGCCCCCUGACAGCCCAUCCAGCCCCCUCACAGCCCCUCCAGCCACCUCACAGCCCCUUCCACCCCCCUCCAGCCCCCUCACAGCCCCCUCCAGCCCCUUCCAGCCCCUCACAGCCCGCUCCAGCCCCCUCACAACCCCCUCCAGCCCCCUGACAGCCCCCUCACAGCCCCCUCACAGCCCCCUCACAGCCCCCUCCAGCCCCCUGACAGCCCACUCCAGCCCCCUCACAGCCCCCUCACAGCCCCCUCCAGCCACCUCACAACCCCCUCCAGCCCCCUGA